AUGACCCUACGUGAACUGGUGGAGGUGCAGAAUCUCAAGAAACGGAUGGCUGACGACCGCCAAGGACAAAUCAACAGGCUAUUUCGCUGGUCUCAGCUUCGACGACCAGCAGUCAGAGCUCGGAUCUUGAACUAUUGGUGUGAUCUAACAGAACCCACGAACGCUGUGGAACCUUGCCCGGGCAGUGCGACUCCUACGACGGUUCACCACGCAUCGAUCGAAAUAAGCAUCACUCCUGCGGCAAUCUUGGCUCUCCACGAUACAAGUCUGGCACGUUAUGCUACUGAGUCCCACCCGGGUGCAUUGGACCUCUUGUGGGUCUACGGCAUAGGAGCUUAUGUGGAGCAGGCGUCCCUGACCCAUAUCCUUCGAAACAAGCCCACAUUUUGGAUACUGUAUACUGCUGACCGAGUAGACGUUCGAUGGUUUUCUGUUCGAUUCGGAACUCUGGCCCGGAGAUUUGGCUAUCGACAGUAUCUAGAUGUGGCUCUGCUCUUUGAAAAGAGCUACGUCCACAUCUCAUCGCUGCAGGACCCAACCCUGAGCAAGAUAUUCAAAUUUGACGGUUGA